UCGCCUGCUCGCGACAUCUCUCCAGACAGCCGCUCUAGAUCACCGGUGCGUCGUGGCAGAAGCGAUUCUCGUGAGAGAGCAAGAAGUGACUCGAGGGAGGUUCGGCGCAAGCGAUCCAGGAGCGAUUCAAGGGACAAUCGACGCGUCAGACACUCCCGCUCAAGGAGCCGUGACCGUGACAUCAGGCGCAGGAGCCGCUCAAGGGAUCGCUACCGAUCCCGGCGCAGCCCGAGCCCCCGACGGGACCGGUACCGCAGCAGCCGCUACUCGCCAGAGCGCCGUCGCCGCUCUCCUAUUGCGCCUUACUACAACCGGCCCCGCCGCACUCCCCCGCGCCACGGCACCACACUCUUUGUAGCCGGUCUCAAUUUUGUCACCAGCGAGCGGGAGGUGGAGUCAAAAUUUGAGAAGUUUGGCCCUGUCAGGGAGGCACGCAUCGUGCGCAAUCCUGUCAACGGCGAGUCCAGGGGCUUUGGCUUUGUUGCUAUGAAGUACGAGGAGGACGUCGAUGCGCCCAGAGAGAGGGUCACGCCACCAAAACUGCCUCCAACACCGGCUUCCUCGAAACUUCUGGAUGUGCUUCCAUAUCUAGUCAAGCUUGCAGUGUCUGAUCGGCAGUUGUGGUGGAGGCUGGGAGCUUCUGUAGCCCUCAUGCUGCUGUCCAAGAGCUCAGGGCUCAUGGCUCCCAUUUUCCUGAAGAAUGCGGUGGACGCUCUUGGAAGCGUGGUCAAUGAGAGUGCAGUCACAAGGACAGUGCAUGCGUUGCUGUUGUCUGGAGCGUGCCGAAUUCUGUGCAGUCUGACCAAGGAGAUGCAGGGACCCUGCUUCACACCCAUAGCACAGGCUGCAGGGCGACGAGUUGCGUAUCACACAUUCUCACAUGUCCUCGAUCUAGACAUCAACUUCCAUUUGGAGAGGCGAACGGGAGCGCUGUCUCGGAUCUUGGAGAGAGGCACCCGGAGUGUGUCAAUGGUGUUCAGAGCGGUGGUCUUCACGUUCUUGCCAACAGCGAUCGAAUUGGUGCUGGUGUGCGGGCUACUGGCUCGGACAUUUACGCCCAUUGUGUCUGCUUUGGUGGUAGGCACCUUUGCGGCAUACGUUGGAUGGACAGCUGCGCUGACCAGAGCUGCAGCAGAGGCGCGUAAGCAAGUAAACAAGUUGGACAAUUUGACCACGUCCAAGGCGAUCGAUGCGCUGCUAAAUUAUGAGACCGUCAAACUCUUCAACAAUGAACAGCUGGAGGUUGACGAGUAUGACCGUUACCUUGUGGGAUACCAGCAAGCGUCUGUGGCCACUGAAACCAUAGCGGCAGUGCUGAACGGGGGCCAAGGGUUUGUGUUGGCGGCGGGCCUGACUGCUGUGCUUGCAAGCGCCACUCUGUCCACAGCUGUGGGGUCCUUCACCGGCGGAGACCUGGUGAUGGCACAGGGCUUGCUGCUGCAGCUGUGGGGGCCACUCCAGUUCCUGGGCUGGUUCUACCGCGAGCUGCGCCAGUCCCUGGUGGACAUGGAGGCCUUCUUCAAGAUCCUGGCCACGCAGCCAAACCUGCCUGAUGGUGAAGCCAGCACUUCAGGACAAGACCAGGGCGUGGCUGUGGAGCUUGACAAUGUCGUCUUUGGGUACCGGAUGGGCAGGCCUGUGCUGAAAGGAGUAAGCUUACGGGUGGAGCCGGGGGAGAGCUGUGCCAUUGUUGGUUCAAGCGGCAGUGGAAAAUCCACACUGCUCAGACUACUUGUCCGCUUGUAUGAUGCGCAGAGCGGGAGCGUGCAGUUGGAUGGAAUUGAUGUCAGGGAGCUGCAGCAGAGCAGCCUGAGAGGGGCGGUUGCGGUGGUGCCCCAGGACACAGUGCUCUUUGCUGACACAAUCCUGCGCAACAUCAGAUAUGGGCGCCCAGAUGCCACCUUUCAGGAGAUCGAGCGCGCUGCUGAGAUGGCGCAGCUGAAGAGGGUGAUAGAUGGCAUGCCUGAUGGCUAUAAUACCAUUGUUGGCGAGCGCGGCCUGAAGCUGAGUGGGGGAGAGAAGCAGAGGGUGGCCAUUGCGAGGGCAUUCCUGCGUGGACCGCGGCUGCUGAUCUGCGAUGAGGCCACAUCAGCCCUUGACACCGCAACUGAGCGCAGCAUCAUGGCCUCCCUCGAGGAAUUGGCAGUUGGGCGCACGUCUGUGUUUGUGGCGCACCGGCUGUCGACAGUGCAGCGCUGCGACAAGAUCGUUGUGAUGGCAGACGGGCAGGUCGUGGAGCAGGGGACACACGAGGAGCUGAUGAGAGCUGGCCAGGUGCAUCGCAAUCAAGCCCUCAAGCCUGUCUGCAGAAAUUCUCUGCUCAUGAAGCAUGAGAGCGGGGCACAGGCGACACAGACUGGCUAGGUCGACACCAACAUCAAACAAUAGUAUCAAAAGGUGUAAAAAGGCAGGUCUGCGCUUGUGCAGAUCGAGCUGCCACCACAUGUGUCCAUGCUCAUCGGAUCCCUACCAGCCCUGCUAAGCAGAUGCGUGCAUGGCGCCCUAGACCGUGGCAAGUAAUAAACCAAAGAAAACGCACAUGCACGCUCAAGUGCGCAAGAACAUCAAAGGCACUCUGACAGGGGUGGGCAGAAAACAGAGCACAGAGCAGAC